AUGACCUCCCUGUCAGCUCUCGCGCCUCGUUCACUCCGUUUACCUCACGCCCUUCCCCCUCAAGCGAUCCGUUUUCCCUCCCGUCACGCCCCUCGCUGUCCUUCUCUCCCACCCCCAACCCCUCUCAGUUGCAUCGUCGACGGUAACAAGAAGUUUCGCAUAUUCUCGGGUAACUUCGCGUGCGGCAUCGUGCUGGAGAACCUGGUGGUGCAGCACGCGCUCAACGGCGUGCACGUGGGCGCCUGCCAGUUCGCUGCGCGCCGAGUCACCUUCCAGCACAACGUGGCGGACAAGAGCUCCACCGGCGGGGCGGUUUUCAACUCUAGAGACAGCUCACCCACUGCUGGCACGCCCCUGCAGUUCACUACGUGCGUCUUCCUUAACAACACAGCUGCCGGCAAUGGCGGCGUUAUCAACGUGGGGAGGGACCCCACGGGAGGGCCCGAUGUGAAGAUCGCUAAGUGCACUUUCAGUAAAAACUCAGCGGGACGCAGUGGAGGCGCGAUUUAUUCCGAAGGGAGUGAGCUUUACCUGCGCCAGUCGACGUUCUCCCAGAACACUGCUGCUCGUGGCGGCGGUGCUAUCCUCACCACAAGUCCAAUCCUCACCUCCAUCGGGACGCGCUUCUCAGCUAACGCAGUGAUGAACGGGCGAGGCGGUGCCAUCUCCAUACAAGCGCAGGGCGCGGUGGUGCAGUUCUGCAGCUCCAACUUCCGACGCAACAGGGCGCCGGUGUAUCCCGUGUCGAAUGACAUGAACGCCGGGACGAGUGACGGCACGGUGACUGCGUGUGGGAGCACUGGACCCAGGAGAAUAAGGAAAACGCCUGCCUUGAAGGAAGUCCAGAGCUGCAGUGGCUGCACCGGCUGCUCUAACGACUGUAACAGCCGCGGCACCUGUGCACUCGACUCCGAUAUGAACCCCUAUUGCAAGUGCCAGAACCAGUUCGACCCUGCCAAAGCCUGCACUGUGUGCAAGAUGGGGUACACGCUCGAGUCCAAGUGCGUGGCCUGCUCCCCGGGGUUCUUCUCCGGUCAGAAGGGGCGCUGCACAGUGUGUGGCACCGUGGACAAGAUUCAAGAGCUCACAGGCGAGCUCUCCAACCUUAACAACGCCACACAGGCUGCUUCCUCCAAGCGCUGCCAGCAGAUGUGUCAGAGGGCCCAGACACAGACGAAGCUGUACAAGAACUACUGCAACCUGUGGGCCUUUGUGGAGAACAGGUGA